AUGGGGACAACCCCUUUCCACCCCUCGAUCCUCAAGGUCUGGCUUCCGAGAAAUUUUGACAAGCCAACAGAGAUGAGGUACGAAGGGACUAAGGACCCCCAGGAGCACCUCACAGCCUUUGAAGCGCAGAUGAAUUUGGAAGGGGUAGGCGACGCGGUCAGGGGUCGAGCAUUUCCCGUAACGCUGGCUGACCCAGCAGUCCGAUGGUUUAACGCACUCUCGCAAGGGUCCAUCACGACCUUCAUGGACAUUUCCCAAAGCUUCCUAGCUCGGUUCAUAACACGCAUAGUCAAGGCAAAGCUCCCGAUUAACUUGCUAGGGGUCACUCAAAAGCCCGGAGAGCCGACCAGAAAGUUUCUGGAUAGGUUCAACGACGAAUGCUUGGAAAUUGAUGGCCUCACGGACUCGGUUGCUAGUCUCUGCCUAAGAAAUGGCCUGCUAAAUGAGGACUUUAGAAAGCACCUCACGACCAAACUUGUCUGGACCAUGCAGGAAAUUCAAAGCGUGGCCAAGGAAUACAUCAAUGAUAAGGAGGUGAGUCAGGUUGUAGCAACCAAUAAACGGUAG